AUGGAUGAAUACCAAGAAGACCCUGCUGCUGUGUUCGCUAUUCCAGACUUCUGGAGAUCAUCAAAAUGGUUGCAUGACUUGAAUGGCAGUGCCAAUACACCAGAUCCAUUCUUUUCUUCCGGACUCAGAGAUUCAGACCUUGUACAGCUUGACCAAGUCUCUGUCGAAAAGGACGGCUUCUUCAAGUUACCCACACAAUUUGGGCUUCAGUCUGAGCUGGAUCCAGAAACCGACGUCGCCACUAGCAACGAUGGCCCAGCAGCUACAGAGAGCGUGCAUAGCCUAGAGCCCGAGGAGGAUAUCUGGGCAAAUACAGAUGAGCCAGUCGAGAAUCCACCCGAACACAAGACUUGGGAUGGCUUCAUCGCAGGCACACCAACAGGAAGACAGCCGCUGAUGGCCAGCGAAGCCGGAUCAACCGUCUAUGAUACUUAUUUGAGUUGGUCCAUCGACCCUCUCGAUCUCAGAAGCUCAAAAGUCCCUGUUGUUGACAUCAAAGCCUACCUUUCCUCCUUGCUUGCCCUGGCCCUUGGUCAGGAGUCAAUCUUCUUCUCAAAACAGGAGGGAGGUCGCUCCUUCAAAUCAACGAUCCCAAGCAUGAGAGUCACAGGCUAUUCUAAGGAUGUGCUUCGUGGGUUGGAAAAGCAAUGUCACAGAUGUGGUUCAAUGUUUUUUGAAUUGCGCUCCUUCGUCGAUUCCACCUAUGCAAGACGUACUUCAAGGUGUGGUGUGGCUCUAGCUGGUGCCAUCGAUCAAAUUCUCAAAGACGUCCAGCGAUAUGUAGCUCUCCAUGGACAGACGCCCCGUUCUCUUUUGGAGCUUCAGUCAACCGUCAAAGGACUCCUGGCCAUCCUAGUCCCUUUUCAAAGGCUUACUUCGAAGUUCCGCAAAGGCUACUCGGACGAGCAUGUUCUGUCUUUUGUGUUUCAUGAGGCCUACUCUGUCGAUUAUGGCGAGGAACAAUUACGUGGUAUCAUGCGCGAAGUUUUGCAGCGAGUCUCCUCCCCUUGGAUUGAGUUUCUGGAAGAAUGGAUCGGAACGAGGCAAGAGGAAGGUAUUCCAUUAACAAAAGCCAAUGUGGGGGCUAGCAAGGGUUUUAUCAAAGUCGACACAGAGAAAUACACAGACGACUUUGGACAUGAAUGCGAAGAUAUCGACUUUCGAUUGGAUGACAGUAAGAUGCCUCACUUCAUGCCCUUUGAUAUUGCCAGAUCCAUCUUCGAGACGGGAAAGAAUCUGCGGUUCAUUAGAGAGUGUCACCCAGAGCAUCCUUUGGCGUCUGCCCACAUCAUCAAUACGACUAAACCACCAAAGGUCGGAUGGCUUUAUGAUUGGGAUGCUAUUGAAGAUCUUGAGAAGCGGGUUACCAAAUAUCAUGACGAUCUUUUGCGAGCAAUUCACGACUACUCGUCCCAUCAACAAGCGUUGAUAUCAGAAGGACUUAACCAUGCUUUUAAACCCAACGAUGCGAUCACGUUCACGGAUGAGGAUGGCGGGUCAGAAGAUCGGCUUCUAGGCGCUCUUACAGCGCGCAUGGAUGAGCCUUUACCUGACGUUGUGAGUAAAGCGGACACCUUGAGCCAAAUCCUUCGUGAACGACUUGUACAAUCUGUCACCAGAAAGUCCAAGCCACCUACCAGUGGUUUUGACUUCACACCUCACCCGUCGCUUCUUCCUGUGCUUUCGUUCGGAGGCAUUGCUUCAGCUCAAUCAGAGAUCGUCAACCAAGAGAGUUUACGGCUGCUGUUUAACAAUCAUGACUUGCGUGGCCACCUAAAGAUGCAUCGCGACUUUCAACUUCUUGGUAGCGGCAUGUUCAUCAGCCGUUUGUCUCACGCCUUAUUCGACCCCGACCUGGAAACAGCUGAACGACAAAUGGGGGUUGCAAGGCAAGGAGGUGUCAUGGGACUUCGCCUGGGUGGUCGAGACACUUGGCCACCCGCGAGCUCGGAGCUGCGGCUUGCUCUAAUGGGAGUCCUAGCCGAAAGCUUUGAUUCAGAUAAUGAGUUCGCUACGAACAAUCUGGUCACUAUCUCUAGGGACGCAUCUGAGUUGCCGGGAGACAUGAGUUUUGCUGUGCGAGACUUGACUCAGGAAGAGAUCGACAAUUGCAUGAACCCAGACUCGUUAGAAGCUUUGGACUUUCUGCGCCUGUCAUACAAACCACCAACCGCGUUGUCGAGUAUCAUUACACCAGUUAUCCUGGCACAGUACGAUCGAAUCUUCAAGCUCUUGUUGAGGAUUAUGCGGAUGGUCUAUGUCGUCAACCAAUUGUUUCGGGACGUCAAUGCUAGAACUAGUCUUUGGGCCGACCCCGAGGACAUAUCAUUCCGAUUCACACGCGAGGCACAUCACUUCGUUUCUGGAAUCACUUCCUUCUUCAUGGAUGCUGGAGUCGCUAUCCCGUGGCAAGCAUUCGAGGCCAAACUUGACAAAAUCCAAGCCGACCUAAAAGACCCCUUGAACACCAAGAGCAGUCCUGACAAAGUUGAAAGUCCCGAUAGGCUGCGCGAGUUUCAUUCAAGAGUGUUGGACCGCAUUAUGCUUUCUCUAUUCCUUCGGAAACGUCAACAGCCCGUACUGAAUCUGCUUGAGGAGAUCUUCUCUGCAGUUUUGGAGUAUGCAAAAUUCUUGCGAAUGAAGGCUGUAGAGAAGAAUCAUGCACCAGACUCGGGAGAGACGCAAGAGAUGCAUCAAAAGAGUCGAUCCACGAGCAACAAGGUAUCAGAUGAUCUGGGAUUAAAGCAGGAGGGUAUUGGCGAGGACCAUAUGGUUGCACAGCUUUUGAUGAAGUUGGACAUGAGUGAUUAUUAUACUAAGCACUAG